GUUGUGGUGAACGAGUGAUGACUGAUUCAAACACUACUGUAUUUAGUGUUUAGAGACAGACUAGAAGUGAAUAGACUUUUAAAUAUAGUAUUUGUUUUGAAUGUAAUUCUUAUACAAAUCAAUACAAUUGAAUGCAAUUGAAAAGUGAUUCUAAACUAAUUAAUGUGAUAAUAGAUAUUUGGUGUUAGUAUUGAAGACAUCGUAUUGUCAUAAGGAUUGCAAUGAGACACAAGUCGGAAGUGUCGGACGAGUGCGAGAAGGCGUUGGCAUCGCUUCCGUUGCCCCGAAUCGCGGAAAACGGGUACCGAUUGCCGGACCCGUUGCCGGCCGGCUCUGUACUCACGGACUCUACUAAAAGGCAAUGGCUUUUGGGUCAGUCUAUCGGUUGCGGAGGUUUUGGUGAAAUAUAUUGCGCUAAAGAGUUGCCCGAAAGUCAGAGAUUCACAAACAGUGGCAACAAAGACAAACUCUCCCAAUGUUUGGUCACAUUAUCUCAAAACAAUGGUUUGGUUGACAACAACUCAUACAAUGGUUUACCCAAAAGAAGAUGUGUUCAGAAGUUUAACAAAAAGCGAUUAUUGCUUAAAAACAAAGAGAAAUUGAAUAAAUUGCUGAAAGACACGAAUUAUCCAUUUGUGGUGAAAGUGGAUCACAUCUCUGGCCCACUGUUUGCAGAAAUGCAUUUUUACCACAGAGUGGCUAAACCUAAGCUCAUAGACAAUUGGAUGUUAAACCAGAGACUGGCGUUCAUAGGAAUGCCCCGAUAUGUGGCGUCCGGUAUCUUCAUAUCUAACAACACGUGCCGACGCUAUCGGUUCCUAGUGUUGGAUCGAUUGGGCGUUGAUUUACAAAAGAUUUUAAAUAAACACAACAAUCGGUUAACUCUGAAGAGCGCGUACACCAUAACUAUGAUGACUAUCGAUAUCCUGGCGUACAUUCACUCCUUUGGUUACAUUCACGCAGACAUCAAAGCAUCAAAUCUUCUCUUAGGUCGGUUAGAGACGACAUCUCCGGCGCGUGAGAUCUAUCUCGUGGACUACGGUCUGGUCGAGCGCUAUAGGACUCAAAAUGGCGAACACAAAGAGGAAGAGGAGGACAACCGACGGGCCAAUAGCGGCACAAUUGAGUUCACAUCCCGUGACGGACACGUCGGUGCUCUCACUCGUAGAUCUGAUUUAGAGAUAUUAGCCUUCAAUACCAUUUCAUGGCUCUCGGGCUCAAGACUUCCGUGGAUUCACUGCAAAGAUCACGAAAUAGUGAGAAAACAGAAGGAGUAUUACAUGAGUCAUAUCGACGAACUGCUCAGAUAUGCCUUCCAUUCGAAGAGUUUGGUCCCCAAAGGUCUCGAAGAAUUCGUCAAAUCUAUUUCGAGACUCGGCUUCAAAGAAGACCCCGAUUACGGCGCCCUUAAACUCAUACUAACCCGAGCUAUAGUCAGUUCUGGAUCUACUAAUGACGGUCUCAUCACUUGGGGUGAGAGAGAUGUCACUAAAUGUGUUAAAAAAGGAGGCAAACGCGCGGUCAGUUCGAGUGUAGAGUUGGGCAGACGUAAGGUUCGGAAGACCGAUCGCCAGGAGUUCGAACAGUUCGAGUUGUGUGAGAUUCCCCGCAAACUGGACAGACAUCGAGCCGUGCGUUCGGCGCCAACAACACUGUCCCGCCAGAGGUCGGCCUCAAUAACACCCUCUCAUAAAUCAGAUGUGGAUCUCUCGAACCCAACGCCACAAAUGCUUGAAGUGAUCGAAAGAAUGCGUCAAAAAUCGGAAAACAUUUCCAAAGAGUCCAGUAUUUGGACCCAUAGUAUCAAUAAUCACGUGAUUCAGAAGAAACGUUUCCGAAACAAUACUUCACUUAAAAAAGGAUCAAAAAGUUUAUAUAAUAAUACUGUAAAGAGUCUAAAGAGUAUAUGUAAGGGUACUUAAUAUGAACCAUGUAUUCAAACAUAUGAUUGUGAUUUCAUUUUCUCAUUACAUUUAAUACUAACUAAACUUUUAAAACACAAUAUUUGUUACAAAAAUGAAACAAAAAUUGUUUUCUAUCAGUCAAUCAAAUAUCACAAUUUGAGUAACAAAUAGUACCCUAAAUACCGGAUUAUGAUAAUUAAAUGCCACUAAAAAUGUCCAUAGAUAAGCCACACCCCAUUAAUUAGCAUUGAAUUGAAUGCUCACAUCUACUUAUUGGUGUCGUACAGACUGUACAGUAUAUGACAUAUUGAUUCCGUACUGAAACCAGUAUUAAUGACAACGGAAUUGAGUGGAAACCAGGGGUUGUUUAUUAUUGCUUUCCAAUUGCAUGUUAUUUUGGAUUAUGUGAUAAUUAAAGUCUUGAAACGAUGUUAAAGUCACUGCAAUGUGUUGGCCAAACAUGUGCUAAAUAAGGUGACAACAGGUUAUGAAAGUUAUGAACGAGUUAUUUAUUGUAACACAAAUGCAUUCAAAACAUUAAAACAUCAAUUUUUGAAAUUUAA